CUCAAUCUAAAUAUGUAGCUCUCUCUGGGUCAAGACCUUCUCCUCCCUCAAAACCACCUCCUUCCCCAACCUCAUCGGCUUCCUCUCAAACUUCAACCUCUGGCUCUUCGCCUACCAACGCUCCUGCGCCCACGCCACCGGCACCUUCCCUCCGCGCAACGCCGUCCACGCCCCCCUCCUUCGCGACCUCCUCUCCCUCAGCAAUGCCGUCCUCCGCGCCCAUUUCAUAUGGAACGACAAAACAAACCCUCUCCUCCGCGCCCCCAACGACACCGCCGUUUCCAAGCCCCUCUCCAAACGCAAACUCCAAAACAUUCUCCAAUCCAAUGAGCCCUUCUUCCAAGAUCGACGGCGAGCUCCGUUACGUCGGCAACCACACCAAAGUCCUCACUGUCCAUCGUUCCGUUACCUUUUCUGAAUUGAUAAUGAAGCUCGGCAAGUUUUGUGGUUCGUGUGUGAUCUUGAGGUGUCAAUUACCCGAGGGAGACUUGGAGACCUUGAUCUCCAUCACCAACGACGAAGAUCUCGCCAUCGUCAUCGAAGAAUACGAUCACGCCUUGUCCAAGCUCGCGCAUCCGUUGAAGAUCCGCCCCGUUCUCUCGCCACCGAAGUCGAUGAAGAAGGGUUCUCUUGCGCUGUCGUCGGCAUCGUCCAGCGCGAGUCACUCUUCGGCCAGAUCGCCUCACACCUCUUCCGAAUCGCUGCCGUACGCGGUGGCAUACCGCAUAGGCAGACAUAAUCGGUCGCCGCCGGAAAAUAAAUUAUUAUAGUCAAUGAAAAGAUAAAAACAUA